GUCAAAUGCGAGCUGCUUUGAAUCCGAGAGACCAGUCCGGCUCCGAGCGUCAUGGCGACCGCAGCGUCUAACCACUACAACAUCCUCACCUCCAGCGCCUCCAUCGUGCACUCGGAGCCCGGCAGCAUGCAGCAAGCCUCGGCGUACCGGGACGCGCAGAGCCUGUUGCAGGGCGACUACACGCUGCAGAGCAACAGCCACACGCUCAGCCACGCGCACCAGUGGAUCACGGCGCUGUCCCACGGAGAGGCGCCCCCGUGGUCCUCCAGCCCGCUGGGCGCCGAGCAGGACAUCAAACCCGCGGUGCAGAGCGCGCGGGACGACAUGCACAACUCCAGCAGCAACCUGCAGCACCAGGCGAGACCCGCGCACCUGGUGCACCAGAACCACCACGACGCGCGGGCGUGGAGAACCACCACGGCGGCGCACAUACCGAGCAUGGCGACCACCAACGGCCAGGGGCUGAUCUACUCGCAGCCGGGCUUCAGCGUCAACGGGCUGCUCCCUGGAGGCGGGGGGCAGGGGCUGCACCACCACAGCCUGAGAGACCCCCACGAGGAGCACCACAGCCCGCACCUCAGCGAGCACAGCCACCCCGCCGCCCAGCAUCAGCACCAGCACCGGCCGCAGAGCCACCACGACCACUCGGACGAGGACACGCCGACCUCGGACGACUUGGAGCAGUUCGCCAAACAGUUCAAGCAGCGGAGGAUCAAGCUGGGCUUCACCCAGGCGGACGUGGGACUCGCUCUGGGGACCUUGUACGGCAACGUCUUUUCCCAGACCACCAUCUGCAGGUUCGAGGCCCUGCAGCUGAGCUUCAAGAACAUGUGCAAGCUGAAGCCUCUGUUGAACAAGUGGCUGGAGGAGGCGGACUCCACCUCGGGGAGUCCCACAAGUCUGGACAAAAUCGCCGCGCAGGGCCGGAAACGGAAAAAACGGACUUCCAUCGAGGUGAGCGUGAAGGGGGCUCUGGAGAGCCAUUUUUUGAAGUGCCCUAAACCUGCUGCGUCGGAAAUAAUCUCCCUGGCGGACAGUCUGCACCUGGAGAAGGAGGUGGUGCGGGUUUGGUUUUGUAACCGGAGACAGAAGGAGAAGCGCAUGACCCCUCCAGGAGGAGCCCUGCCGGGGAGCGAGGACGUGUACGGGGAUACGCCGCCGCACCACGGGGUCCAGACCCCGGUUCAGUGACACCCCCCUCCGCUGGGACCCAGAGGUCAUAUAUAUAUAUAAAUCACUGGACUAUGGAACGAAUAGUAAGUGUUUUAUGUAUCGAGGGGAUCACACCGGCGGGAGAAGGUGGCUGGACCAGGACGUCCACCCUCUCAGGAUCAGAUCCGUGGAUACAAGCCCAGCACUGUGACUCCAUUCGGUGCAGACCCUCCCGUGAACGGACAGAGGGGGGAUUUUUUUUUUUAACGCUCCACACUACCCGUCAAAUGCUCCUCCUGAGCUGUGCGUAAAAUGGCCCGUUUUAGUUGUGUUGUUCCCUGAAUUGCGCAUCAGCGGUUGCGAGGAGGUGCAGAGGGAGAGUCAGGAUCACAAUAACGGAGUACACUGGAAUCCAGCGAGGCUGCUGCCGACCCGUACCAUCGUUAAACAGCGAUACUUACCGAUAUUUUAGCGCUUUUCUGAAAAAAAAAAAUAAAGUGGGCUCAACUCUUGAAUUGAUCGCUCAGACGUGAACCAUGUGGGUGACCUCCGUCAUAAAUCACUUUUCCACGCUGCAAUGGGAUUUAUAGAACACUCAGAACAUUUGAAGCUACUUUUGUAAAUAUUGUAUAACUUUUAAAGUCUUUUUUUAAUUUUCACUUGGGCACUUUUCGUUUUUUCCUCUAUUUUUUACACAGAUUUCAUUCAAAUCCAUGUGUUUCUAUUCGGCCUCUAUUUUCAUGAUCAAUCAUUCUUAUCCGCUAUUAAGAUGAACAUUAAAACGUGACUACCGUCCAGAUUGAAUUAAAAUGUUAUGGAUAAUUUAAGAGAUAUUAUUUACCAAAGUAUUCGAUUAGAAGAAGAAGACAAAGCGGGGAAAAAAACGUUUCUUUUGGGUACAUAUUGCGUAUUUGGCGUCCAAAUAUGACAGCAUUUAAUCAAAAAUGAUUCUUUUUGUUCUGAUUGUUCACACGCUUUUUUUUCCUUUUUUUUGCGAGGUCGGCGUCGUUCACUUCAUUUCAGCCAUUUUGUUCAUCUUCGUCUGUGUUGUCGGCUGCUCAUAGACUUUUAAUUUAAUUCCUUAGAUUUGUAAUUGAGAUUGUAAUUUAUCUGCAACGGCUUUUAUAGAAAACAGAGAGCGGGAAAUAUAUGAGAUGAACUGCACCGAAAAUGCUUUUUGUUUUGUAGGACAGAGACAGAGAGAUAUUUUUAUUUUGGACGCCACAGUUCAUGUAUAUACAUCGUUUCUCCUCCGUGGCGCCGAAAUAACGUCCUGGGAUUUCAUUGAAUUAUUAUUAUUAUUGUCAUGUUUAAGUUAUUUUUUUUUCUGCUCCUCCUCCUAGAUUUAUUUUGCCUUCAAAAACGAAAUCGUUCCUGAGUAGCUUUAAAGAAUCCACUCAUCGUUCUCAGCAAAUUCAAGUUGUUGGAUGUAAAAUUGUAGCAACAGGACUCCUUUUGUUUCUGUAAAAGCAGUCGUUUUUUCAACAUUAUUUCUGGGGGGAAUGAACUUGGUGGGUAGUUUAAAAACACUGAUGUGGUAAAUAUCGCUCAUGAACAGACUUGCACAUUUUUAAAAAC